CUUCCCUUAACCGGAGCUCGCAGUGGGUUGAGCGAGUUGUCAAAGGUUAAUGUGCUCAUUCCCCCGAAGCCAGGACGGGUUUGAACGCCGAGAUCUACAGAAGCAGCCCGGAAGUGGCGUGUGCUGAAUUAGAGUCGGGGCCAGAUGCGGUCGUGAUUCCCAGUGGAAGAGCAAUCCGGGGGAUGUGGUCAUCGUAGGCUCGAGGUUAGGUUGGCACGCAGACAAAGUAGGCUUUGUGCGUCGUGUGAUUGGAGCCUGCUGGGUUUUUGCGGUGGGCCAGACAGUGCAAUGGCGUCGGAGAGUGGUUGGAGUGUUGGCGUAUCGAUGUGUAUGACGACAUACGCUGCUGCUUGCUGACCCUUUGAUGUGUGAAGAAACAAGGUGCGAUUGCGGGCAUUGCGACGUCAGAUGUGCUUAAAGAAUUUUACCCGCUCUCAAGCCGAGUAUUUGGUUUUUGGAACUGUGGGGCUCUCAUUCUUCAAACGUCGAUUGCCGUCCAGGUUUGUGCCGGCCACGGUCAAGGAAUGUAGCGUCUGUGUUUGAUGAUGCUAUAGGCGGAAUUGACGAAAUGUGGGUGGUUGAAUCAUAGAUUGAAAUGCGGGUUGGGGUGCUUGUUGAUGCAGCGUAUUCUCAAGUGAGAGUAGCGGAGUAGUCUCGAUGCUGGAUUCAGUUGUGGCUGAUCCGUGUGUUAUCGUGCUGCUAUUGUAUCGUGCUGCAUGUUAAUGCAAGUCGGGAUAACUCACAACCGUUCUUUUCAAGAUGUCGGAAGCAGCGUCAGCUUGCGGGCCGGCAGAGGCUGAUUCCUGCUAUGACAAGGUAGGUGCGGCGCACUUGAAGGGAGGUGCAAUUGCAGUGAUCUUCAUUGCGAGUAUGCUGGGCGUCUUGAUUCCUCUCAUUGGUCGACGAAACAGGUUUCUCAGAUCGGAUGGAAUUGCUUUUUUUAUCAUGAAAGCCUUUGCAGCUGGAGUAAUUCUGGCGACUGCAUUCGUACACAUGCUGCCCGCUGGGUCGGGUGCCCUAACAAGUUCCUGUCUUCCAGAAAAGCCAUGGGGAAAAUUCGUAUGGUCAGAGUUCAUUGCCAUGUUGGCUAUUCUAGCCACACUGGUUAUGGAUAUCGUAGCUACGGAAUUUUACAUGAGUCGUCACGUCAUGCAACACGGAGGGGUUGACAAAGUCGUAGACGCUUCUGAAGCAAUUGAGAAGCAGGCACCUGGUUUAGUCACGCCCCAUCCUCAUGUUCAUGAGCACGAAGAGGACAGUGUUUUCACCAAUAUCCGACAUAUUGUUGUUGCACAAGUCUUUGAGUUUGGCAUCGCUGCGCACUCCAUCAUCAUCGGCGUCACAGUGGGAGUAUCCAAUAGCCCAUGCGUGAUAAGACCACUGUUUGCUGCACUCACAUUUCACCAGUUUUUUGAGGGCGUUGCCCUUGGAGGAUGCGUUGUGCAAGCUGGCUUUCGUAGUGUCACAUCCCUGAGCAUGGGCCUUAUCUUCGCCAUUACCACUCCGCUCGGCAUCGCAAUUGGAAUGGGCAUCGCCUCAUCCUACAAUGAGAACAGUACACAGGCGUUGAUUGUGCAAGGUGUUUUCGGUUCCGUGUCGGGGGGUAUCCUCAUUUACAUGUCUUUGGUGGACCUCAUCGCUGCUGACUUCCUCAGCAAGCGCAUGCGCUGCAACAGGAAGUUGCAAGUCGGAGCGUUUCUCGCUCUAUUCCUUGGAGUUGGUUGCAUGUCCGUCAUUGGAUUGUGGGCUUAGGGCUGCGAUCGUCUUCAUUACAGUUGUCAUGCGCUCUCAAAUUGUUUCGAUCGGUUGCUAACCGCUUGCGCUAUUCUAUUUACAGUGCAUGAAUAUUAACUCCUCAGGUAAUACUUGGUUGUUCACCAUGUUUUAUUAUAUGAAAAAAUUGUAAAUAAUUUUUUUUUUUC